GCCCCGGGAGGAAGUGACAUGGCGGCGGGGAGGGAAGGCAAGGCGAGGGGCGCCUUUUUCUUGCCGGAGCCGCCCGGCGGGUGGAGCCUGGCGGCCCCGCCCGAGCCGGCCGCCUCCCGGCGCGGGCAAACUAGUGGCAGUUGGUGGGGCUCGGCUGUCGCCCCGCCGCCCGCUCCCGCCGCCUCACACGCAUGCCAAGGCCCGGCGGCGCCAGGUUGUCUUCUGAAUUUUGGGUCUGAAAGUACCCUCAUGCUUUCUCAGCAAAUCAUGGACAUCAUUGGCUUCCUGAAGUCUCAAUUCAUUUGCCACCUUCUGAUCUGCUACAUAUUUAUAGUGUCAGGACUGAUCAUUAACUUCAUUCAACUCUUUACACUUAUACUUUGGCCAAUCAACAAGCAACUGUUCAGGAGGAUCAACUGCAGGCUGGCUUACUGCAUUUCGAGCCAGAUGGUGAUGUUACUGGAAUGGUGGUCAGGUACCGACUGCACCCUCUACACUGACCCAGAGAGUUACCACAAGUAUGGGAAGGAGAAUGCCAUUGUAAUCCUUAAUCACAACUUUGAAAUCGACUUCCUCUGUGGCUGGAACUUUUGUGAAAGAUUUGGGGUCUUGGGGAGUUCCAAAGUGCUUGCAAAGAAGGAGCUCUCCUACAUGCCUAUCAUUGGCUGGAUGUGGUAUUUCCUAGAGAUAGUCUUCUGCAAGCGUAAGUGGGAGGAAGACCGGAAAACAGUCAUGCAGAAGUUGCUGAAUCUCCGGGACUACCCUGAAAACUUCUGGUUCCUGAUUCAUUGCGAGGGCACGAGGUUCACAGAACAGAAGCACCAGAUUAGCAUGCAGGUAGCCGAAGCCAAAGGACUGCCCAAGCUCAAGUAUCACCUACUGCCACGAACAAAAGGAUUUGCUGUCACCGUGCAGUGUUUGAGAAAUGUAGUUUCUGCGGUCUAUGAUUCUACCCUCAAUUUUAGAAACAAUGAGAAUCCAACAUUGCUGGGAGUUCUAAAUGGAAAGAAAUAUCAUGCAGAUUUAUAUGUAAGGCGGAUUCCCCUAGAGGAAGUCCCAGAAGAUGAGCAGGAAUGUUCUAACUGGCUCCACAAAUUGUAUCAAGAAAAGGAUGCAUUCCAGGAAGAGUACUACAGAACAGGAACCUACCCAGCAGUCCCUAUAGUGCCACCCCGACGACCAUGGACGCUUUUGAACUGGCUUUUCUGGGCCUUAUUGCUGCUAUAUCCUUUAUUCAAGCUGCUCAUCAACAUGAUCAACAGUGGAUCAUCACUGACACUGGCUAGUUUUGCAUUUGUCAUUGUAAUGGCUUCUGUUGGUGUCAGGUGGAUGAUAGGGGUUACAGAAAUUAACAAGGGCUCCACCUAUGGCAACAAUGACAACAAGCAGAAACAAAAGUAGUAUCUUCAGAGACUGCUUCAAUCCAAAGGGAACAAAUGCAACUUCUGAAAACUCUUAAGUGCAUAUCAUGGUCCUUCAAGUGAGAUCAGAGGAUGGGUAGGAAGAGCAAUUGCCACGUAUAUCUGAAUUUGUGCUCCUGUUAUUUUUCUCUGGGGGUUUGGGCUGGGUGACAUGCUUGAAAGAUGCAAUCCUUCGUAUACUCUCCACACCAGGUUUGCAUUUGUUUGGUUGGUUUGUUUUCCUAUGAAGUGUCCUAAGUUUUGAAGGAGGGGAAAAAAAAAAAAAAAUAAAUCCAAUGUGCUUGUAUGAUGAGACUACCUGGAAACUAACCAGAGGUGCAGGCUUUAUCUUUCUUAAUGUGCUCUAAGGAAUGGAUAAAUGUCAGAAGAUUGUUACAAGAUGAUUAAAAUUGAUAGUUGUAUAAAUCACAUGUUAACAAUUCAACAACCAUAAUCUGUCAGUGUUUAAAUACAGUAUGAUGCUCUGCCUGGUUAUAGCAGUAUUGGACCGAAGCAGCUCCACUGAACUGGCAGUAGAGCUUUUCUACACCUCGAACUUCGUGACAGUGCGCACCACGUGGGCCCUGUAACGCGUCAGCCAGACCCUGGCUAAGGGCCCACUUUGUUUCAUCGGAGCCUUGCAGCGACAUAACCUGGGGUGGAAUUUGGCCCUGGGGCCUGAGCAGAGCUAAGUUACCCACUGCCACAUCUCUCCCCAGGCAGUACCUCAGAGGGAUGGCUGAAACCUGUAAUUCUUUUGAGAGUAAAUGCCAUUUAUAGUUUGGAAAAACUGAGGUAAUAAAUUCCUUUCAGCUUUAAACACUGACUGAAAUUCUAGGCCUUCCUAGCAAUGGUGGAAACAAAACAACUGGGUAUCCUGUAACUAAUGCAAAGCGUGCAUUAAAAGUUAUGCCCCACACCCCAUACUGUUGUGAUCCCAAUUAAUCCGCUUGUCUGUCUUUUCUGAUAAAUUAGUUUACAUGGUGUCUCACAACAGUCAGCCUGAGGUAAUACUUAAAUUCUAUUUUGCUUUUUCUUUUGGGGAGAAGAGGGGAAGGAGGAGACACACCUAGGGCAGCGGCACGGCAUCAGUUUUUUAUGGCUGUCUGGACUUGCUUUGACACCCUUCUGAAUUAAAUAAAACUAGAACUGAGGCCCUUGGGAAAACUGUUGUUCUGACAUCCCUGGUACUGAUUCCAGGGCAUCCUCCUCUUUUUUUAAAAACAAGAGUUUAACAAGAGUUAAGGGUAAGUCACUAAAAAGAGCUUGUUUGAAAAAAAGGAAAAGAGGGGACUCCCAACUCCCAGCAAUUAUGAUUGAAAAAAACCCAAACCUUUAAAAUUUAAAGAUACUGAUACUGAGCAGUGGGGAUUAUGAUUGACACUUUCAGUGAUGGUGCAUUUUCAUUGCACAUAGGACUAAACUGCACUAGUCUAGGAAUGCACAGCCUGUGUGUCUCCAGAGAAGAAAGUGAGCAGUCUUAGUUCUACCAGUUGGUAUUAAAAACAUUUCUCUCUUCCUAUAAUAUAACAGAGGCCAGAAGCAACAGAGGGUAAUCCAACAGAACAUGAGUCAUUCCAUGAAACAUGCAUUUGCUGUUCAGUACAUCAGAGCAUCUAGAAACUAGUCUUUCCAAUACGCAGCACCACAAGAGCAGGUGUACUAGUGCUUUUAGCAUGGGGUAGUAAGUAAAGGUUUUUUUGAGCAUGGAGGCAGUAAAAUGUACACCAGGAAGGAAUAUAGGCCUUGGGAAGUGUGAGGGACUAGUUUUGUGGGCUUUUUCCCCUCCCUAUCUUGUGUACGCAUGUUUUCCCAAUGCUCUGAAGAUUUCUGGAAUAGGCUGUACAAUGUCAUGAACGCAAACAUGGGCUUCAGCGUGUGGUUUUUCAACACAUGAAAUAAAUAAGAGCCCAAGGAUCAGCGAAUACUGCCAUGCUUAUAAAGCUGGUCUCUGAACAAAGCACACACCCUGCACCUCUAUUUGCUAAAACAAUCUUAACCGUGGAAAACUGAGUAUUAUAACCUGUCAGAGCAGCUGAAGGCCCAGCGAUCCCAUAGUACUGCAUCAGGCACAGUAAUGAGCCAGGCCUGAAGACACUGUACACAAGACUUUUUGAAAAUGGGUGGGACAGAGAAAAUAUCUCUCCAAGCUAGCAUUUUCCUGUAACCCUUACCUGGCAGAUGCAGUGGGCUUUUCUCAGAGUGGUUAAACCCUUAUACGCACAGGUGGAUAGUUCUGAACAGCAAACACACACAUUCAUGUAGUGCUAGAAACAAGCUUUUUUUCUUUUUAAUUUUAAAGAGCCACUGAUUUAACAUGUUGGUAGGGAGACAUUUAACAUUCCUUAUGAAUCUUAGUUCUUUCCAACUGCAUGCAGUGCCACUUCUCCCAGAGGAAAAUACCAAACAUGCAAAUACUUUUGAAAGAGUAUUCAGAUUAUGUCAUACCCAUUUUCCAUGGCACCAACCCUUAGAACAGGCUGAGGGCCAGACGUGCCACUCCUGGAUCCAUCCUCCUAAGCACUUCUAGACGUCCCGGCACCCAAGGACCGCACCACCGGCCCCUUCCAGCGUUCACUGGCAAACAGAGAAAGCUUAAUGGUACUUGCCAAAGUUAAACUGGUCCAGUUCACUGUAUUAAAAGAACGAUGUAUGUCAUCAGGAAGCAGUGUUUGCCUCUCAUCCCCACAAGCAACUCUAUGUUCUACAACUGCCUUAACAAAAGUAGUCUUAACAUUUGUUUAUACAAAAAUAAAAGUAUAAAAAGCUGA